UGCCUGCUGCCAUAUAAGACAUAACUUUGCUCCUCCUUUGCUUUCUGCCAUGAUUGUGAGACCUCCCCAGCCAUGUGAAACUAUGUGUCCAGCGUUUCUUCUUUCUGGUGGGUUCAUGGUCUCGCUGACUUCAGGAGUGAAGCUGCAGACCUUCAUACUAGAUGGAAAAGUUCCCCAAGUCCCUACCCGGCCCAGAAGCCCAGCGGGCUUCACCUCUCACUGGCACUGGCUGUGGGACUUUGCGGCACCUAGCCCGGGCACUCCGGCAGCCUGGAGGAAGCUCCUCCCAGACAAUCAAAAGGAAAAGAGGGGAAGCGAGAAAGAGACGGAGACCCGCCAUCAUGGCCAAAGACCCCGGGAAGAGGGAAGGGCGGUCCACACACGGGACCCAGCCUCCGAUCAAGCCCAGCAGGGGCCGAGAUCGCGCCCACCCGGACCCCACACCGGCCGACCAGCGCUGCGCGCAGCCCCGGCUCCUGCCAGAGCCUCUCUCUUCACACUUCCUCGAGAGCAGAGGGAGCCAGCUCAGGCCUCUGCCAGCCCCAGAGAAGGGCCGUCAUAGCGCAGCAGCAGGCUGAAGGGCUCCUGGAGCGCGGCCAGAGCGGACGCAGAGGCCGAGGAGGUGCCGAGAGCGAGCGAGGGCUGCUAGCACGUUGCCACCUCUCAUGAUGUUGUAAAAUAAGAAAGAGUAAAUGUUAUUUAAGAAUUCCUUCCUGGCCAGGCACGGUGGCUCACGCCUGUAAUCCCAGCACUUUCGGAGGCUGAGGCGGGCGGAUCAUGAGAUCAGGAGAUCCAGACAGGAGGUAGAGACCAUCCUGGCUAACACGGUAAAACCCCAUCUCUACUAAAACUCCAAAAAAUUAGCCUGGCAUGGUGGCAGGCGCCUGUAAUCCCAGCUACUCCAGAGGCAGACGCAGGAGAAUGGCGUGAACCCGGGAGGCUGAGCUUGCAGUGAGCCGAGAUGGCACCACUGCACUCCAGACUAGGCGACAGAGUGAGACUCCGUCUCAAAAAGAAAGGAAAAGAAUUCCUUCCUUGUUUCCUGCUGUAGUUAUUUGUCAAAAGAUACAAAAAAUCUGUAAGGGUUAAGCAAAGCUAUAUUUAUUUUGCUGCAACACUACUAUGCACAGUGACAUGGUCAAGUUGCUUUUUAUAAUGAUUUAUAGUGAUAUUAAUUUGCAUCAGUCGUUUUCAUGACCCCAAAGCCAACUCAAUAAUACCAGAAAAUAUUUGUUUGCUUGCCUACAUUUUGUAAUAAUCCAAUGUCCUGAAAUAAAAAUGAAUAUUUUCUUCCUGGAAAUAAAGUGAGAUAAUUUUCUUCUUCCGAUAGAGUCAUGAAACAAGAUCAGAAUGACAUUAUACUAAACUAUUUCACAAAUAUUGGUCAACAGUGGAGGCUUUUUUGUUCAUUUUUGUAAAUUUGAUUUGGCUCUAUUUUCCUAAGUUGCAUUUUAUGCUUCUUUCACCUGCCUUGCCAAAUGAAAAGAAAAAUCAUUUAUUUAUUAAAACAUACACUAAUAGAAGAAAAUAAUUUCACUCUUCACAAACUUUGGCAUUAUGAAGUCACUGGUUACUGGAGAUUUAAUUUCUGUAACAUAUCUGAAGUGCUUAUUUUUUUCUUUCCAUGAAGGAAACCUUUUGGAAUUAAGAUAUGGUACAUUGAACUAAACGGGGAUUGCAUUUGCUGUUUCUGUGAUAACAUUUUACAUCUGAAAUUCCAAUAAAUAUUUCUCUUCUUGCUUUGAGGUGGUUUACUUAUUCAUUCAGGUGGUUGGCUUUCAUAAGAAGUAAAGGCAUGCCAGCAUUUAUGGUUUCCCAGAGUUCGUUUUUUGCCUCAAGCUUGUAUUUAUUCUUAUUACACUCACUAGCUUAGAUACCAGGUGAAUACCUGGGAGAAAGAAAAACUUAAUUUAAAAAGUAAUAAAAAUAAAAGAACAAAAAAACACAAAACUAUUCAACAUGCCAGCAAUCUUGUUCUCUUAAGAAACCUACUUGUUUUUUUCAAUGCGUAUAAGUUUUAGCAUUUUAUAGCAAUUAGAUGAGUCUCUACAUCAUUAGAACUUCUGUCCUUGGAAUUAGGACAAAACUAUUUUUUUGCAAUAAAUAUUUGGCUCUGGAAAUCUAUUUUGACCUGUACUAUAAUGCAUAGCAGCAAAAUUAAAAUAUUGUGUGUUAUCAUC